AUAAAUUUCCCAAGUAGAAACGAGAAAAUAGCCAAAAACAACAGUCCUCAGAAAAAGAAUGUUUUCAGCAAGCACAAGGAUGACUACAUUAUUAAAUGCAAGGAACGUGGUUAACCUUUUAAAGGAGCAAGCUCAAAAAUCGGUUCUUUUGGACGCUACUUGGUACUUACCUACAGAAUCCAAAGAUGGAAAACAGGAAUUCUUACAAAAUCGACUACCAGGCGCUCAGUUUUUUGGGGUUGAUGAAGCCAAGGAUCAUCGUAGUAGCUUACCUCACAUGCUUCCACCAGCUGAUGAAUUUGCUGCAUACGUAGGAAAUCUUGGAAUUGAUCGAAAUACCAAUGUAGUUAUUUAUGACAGAAAAGGAUUUUUUUCCUCCCCCCGUGUAUAUUGGACCUUUAAAGUUUUCGGUCACAAGAAUGUCUUCUUGUUUCCAAAUGCGUUAACAGAUUGGAAAACUUCUGGUUACGGGUUAGAAACUGAAAGCCCUUCUACACCCGCUAAAGUCAAUUAUGAAGGUGCUAAUAUGAACAAUAACUUGGUUGCCUCUUUUGAAGAUAUCGCCCAGGUCCUUAAAGAUCCGUCGAAAAGCAACACUCGUAUCAUUGAUGCUCGCCCACAUACACGAUUUACUGGAAGUGCUCCUGAAAUUCGCCCUGGCAUCGCAAGCGGACAUAUCCCAACUUCCAUCAACAUUCCUUUUACUGAUCUUGUAAAACCCGGAAUUACCGAACCAAAGCCUGUAGAAGAACUUGAAGAUAUCUUUGCCAAGCAUGGUCUUAAAGAUAAAUCUGCUCCCAUCAUCACCUCUUGUGGUUCUGGUGUAACUGCCUCUGUACUUUUUGUUGCUCUUGAAUUAUGUGGGUUUACAAAUGUUCGAGUGUAUGAUGAAUCUUGGACUGGUUACGGUCAACGUGCCACUCAAGAUUCUUCCUUAUUAGCUACUGGUCCUUAGAAAUGCAUAUACCAAGUUGUUAAUUAAGUUUUCAGGUUCAUGCUUUGUCCCGUAUACAGAUUCUUGGUUUGACCCCUACUUUUAAGAAACUCGUUUAUUAUCAGCAAUGCACAUAUGAAUGUAACUAAAAAGUCUACAAAUAAGGUUAUAACCCUUCUGUUGCUUCAAAAAGGUAAGAAAACGUUUAUGAAUGAAUAUGAUUCCAUGCAAAAUUGCAACCGUAGUAGUUUGUUUGAAAAGCAGAAAAGAAAAGAAAGUAAUAAGAGUUUAUUAUAAAGAGA